AUGGCUCGAUUCCCCGAUCUCACUUACAAACCUCUAACUCAUCCCUCUUCCCACCCUGUCUUCAAAUACAACGGCUUCCACCCAAACAAAACCUACCUUCUACCAAAAGGCCAUGUCCGUGAAUCCGGCUACCAAGCCUCCCCCAUUGACGUAAUCUGGCAACGAGAUACAGCCAUUGAAAUGCGCGAUGGCAUCAAGCUCUACGCAGACGUCUUCAGACCUGCAACCACAAACGAAGACAACAAAGUCCCCGCGAUCAUCCCCUGGAGUCCGUACGGAAAAGUCGGUACUGGAUCGCAGACAUAUGAUAAUAUGGGACCAUGGAGAAUGGGGAUUCCGUUCCAGGCGUUAAGUGGCUAUGAGACGUUUGAGGGACCGAAUCCGCUUGAGUGGUGUGGCCGGGGGUAUGCGGUUGUGGAUGUUGAUGCGAGGGGGGCGGGAAAUUCGGAGGGGGAUGUUGCUUUUUGGGGGGAGCAGGCUCGUUGA